UAAUUACGAGUCGCCGUUCCGCGAAGUUGCCUCGUCUCCCAACGACUAUCGCAUCGCAGUGCACGCGUGCGCCGGCUCGUAGUUCUAUUUUAUACUGGACCUACCACCAGGCUUCGUGGCUUCAGAUUUGUGUCGGAAGUUUGUGCUCUAGCUGUGCUCAAACAGUCGAGUCGUCAGAAGAUCAUUGGAGGAGAUUUACGUCGGACUCUGGCGCGAAAAUGGCACCGUCUGUUCGGAGCGCUCUGUCGACGACACUGUCGAUACCAGUCUUCCCACCGGAACUUUGUCGGAACAUACUGGACGACCUCUGCGACGACCGUCGUUCUCUGUCGGCGUGCAGCUUGACUUGCUGGGCGUGGGCUCCGUGGGCUCGUCGUCACCUCUUCGAGAACGUCAUCCUUACAGAUAUCGAUCACUGUCUCUCCUUCGUUGCCAUUCUGAAGUCGUCGGUAGCGGCAGGCACCAGCAUACAAGACUAUGUCCGGACUGUCAAGUUCAGCUCUGAUGGAUACACUCGGCCUGAAUGGCGCGACGCUGCUCGAUGGGCGUUUCGUCACCUGCCGAACAUCGAUUCAUUGCAGUUGACCUCCUGCAACUACAACGAACUCGUCGCCUGGGUUUCCGAGGCUUCUUACGAUGAACAGGUGGACAUCAAUGCUACCUUUAUAGGUUCUCUGUUCUCUUCAUUUUGGAUCUCGAGCCUUAGUAUCUCCAUGGUGUCUUUCAGGACUUGGGCAGACUUCUGGACGCUCUGUACAUGCUUUCCGUCCCUCACGAGACUAGUACUCAUGAACAUGCAAAUCGACCAACCACUAGACCUGGAGAACCCGACACUGGAUAUCAAGGCAAAUGACACAGCAAGUAUGCCCGCUCUUACGACCAUCACAUCUCUCGUUGUAGCCUCCGGUAUCAUAGACACGGCGAUCGUCCUACGUGGUUUAUCACGGUAUCCAUUCGAGCUUCAUCUACGACAGGUGGACUGUUUUUACGCUGGCGGCGACGACCCUCGCAUGUUCGAUGCCAUUAUGUCAUCAAAGCAGUCUCUCGAAUACCUACACCUCAUGAUCUGGAACGACUCGUUCCUGCGACAGGCCGACUUGACGAAGCACACCAGCCUGCAAACCCUUCUUCUUGGAUUUUCGUACGGUUGCUUCGACGUGGGUAGCAAGCCGUACACCGCUCUUCCGACCUUCCUGGCUCGUCUCCAUCUCGGGCGUUUGCGCGACCUAACCUUCUACAUAAGGCUCCCCGUACCCCUUGUGGAGCGUAUGUCCUGGGAGUUCUUUGACUGGCCGGAUCUCGAUCGCUCUCUAGCCGUCCUCGCGAAGAAGAAACCUGCGUUGCGGGUUACCUUCGACCUCACGUCGUCUAAAUCCGACGGAGAUACUAUUCCCGACAUCGUCGGGCCAUUGGUGGAUCGGCUACGUAACAGCCUGGUUGCGGGCAUGAUGAUCAAAGCGGUGGUAAGGGGUGGUCCACUCACGCAUCCUCUUGACGACUCCGGACUGUCCUGCUGGCUUCCUAUACCUCAUGAUGCCGUGGAAUCAUUGCGCGCAGUGCAUGCCCUACAACGAACGGGCCAGUUGGGUAUCUGAACGGAGACAAUGAGGUCGCAGUCUACGCUCAACGUCGACUCCUGUCGCCUGUUAUCCACCUAUCCUCUGCCUCUUUC